GGUUUUUACAAGGAAGGAAAGGAUAAGAAAGGACUCGAAUUUUCUUCUCUCUUUCACAAGUUUUUAUUUUUAUUUUGCUUGCAAGCUUGCAUAACCAACAUUGAUAUCUCGUACGGCAAAUUCAUCAUUACAUCUCUCUCUCUCUCUCUCUCUCGCUCGGACUGCUUAUAUAUUUAGAGGGUUGGCCUUGUUUCCUCACUUCGCAUCCUCUCUCUCUCUCUCUGUCUCUCCAUCCUUCACUUCAGUAGACGUGUAUCCAUUUCUUUGAGUUUUCAGAAAGUAGGUUGAUUGGGUUUUUGCAUGGAUGGAUCCUUCAAGUGGACAACACAAGGAAAUGCCUUCACAUUCACUUGAAAACAUGAUGGUUUGCUCAAAACCCCAUCAAGAGAGGAAACCAAGACCUCAACCAGAACAGGCUCUCAAGUGCCCAAGAUGUGAUUCCACAAACACCAAGUUUUGCUACUACAACAACUACAGCCUUUCUCAGCCAAGGUACUUCUGCAAAGCAUGCAGGAGGUAUUGGACCAAAGGGGGCACAUUGAGAAAUGUUCCAGUAGGUGGAGGCUGCAGGAAGAACAAAAGAUCAUCAUCUUCAUCAAAAAAGACACAAGAUCAUCAGCAAUUAACUCCUAAUACCAACCCUCUCUCUAGCCUCCCAUCUUUAGCUUAUGACUCCAAUGACCUCAGUCUUGCUUUUGCUAGUCUCCAAAAGCAGUCUAGUGGGCAGUUAGGGUUUGAUGAGCAUGAUCUGUCUAUUUUGGGAAACCCACACAACCCCCAUUGUGAUAUGCUUGGAAAUCCAAACAUUCACACUUCAGCUGCAACUCCUUCCUUUCUUGAUGCUCUAAGAUGUGGGUUUCUUGAUGCCCAAAGCAAUAACUUACAAAACUUGUACUAUGGGUAUGGAAAUGGGAACAUGGUUGAGGUGGAAAAUAGUGGGGUUUGUAGUGCUAGUGGAGAAAUGAUGAUACCCUAUGAAGAUAUGAGUGGUGCAGCCACACAAGCUGUGACAGUGACAACAAUGAAGCAAGAAUUACGCAAUGGUAGGGAAGAUGAAAAUAACAGGGUCUUAUGGGGCUUCCCAUGGCAGCUCAAUGGAAAUGGGAUAGGCGGUGAUCUUGAUCCCGGAAAAGAAAGCUGGAACGGACUUGGUUCAACUUGGCAUGGACUUCUUGAUAGUCCCCUAAUGUACUAGUCCAAAAUUUGUUAAUUUCAGCUACCCAGCCUUAGCCUAUAUAAUCCCAAGAAAAAGCAUAGAAUUUUCUUCUCAGUUUAGGCCUCCUUGAGAGUUUUUGUGUCAAGAGCUAUGAUUCAUCACCUGAA